CCGGAUUCGUCAUCCAGAGGAUGGCGGACCUCUACGACGACCUGGACACGUCCGUGGAUGGUCGAAGCAGCGUGCACCUGAAGAAGGAGCUGCGAGUUGUGCAAGAACAAUACGACAAGCUCAAGAAGGAGGCGGCACUCCUCCAGCGCUUGAACAAAGAGCUGGCAGAACAGAACGCGAUCCUGGAGACCAACUUGUCGACUGUGUUCGCCACGGCCCAGACAGAGAUUUCGCGAAAAGAUAAAACAAUCCAAGAGCUGCGCGACGAGCUGCACGAAGCAAAUUCGCGUUGGCCGCACCAAGGACGCGACGCGUUCAGUCGACGAGAUCGUCCCUCCCCGGGUGCAUCCCAUCGUGACCGCCACUAAACUCGUCCUCCCUCUUCUUCGCGACACAUUGGCGUCCGCGGCCCUGGAUGCACAAACGUAAUAGAGUCCUAGAUGCAUGCAGAA